UCGGGCCCCGCCGCCUUCCGCUGCCGGCGGCGCCGCGCUCCGCGGUGUCUCUGGCCGGACACCAUGAGGGAGGCGGAGAUCGGGAGGCUCCUGGCUGCCAACCUCCUGUGCGCUCUGGCCAUCGUCCUGGCCGCCGUGGUCCCGGCCGUCUUCCUGGACGGAUUCAGCGUCCUGGGAACGCACCUCACGUGGCUGUGUGUUUGUUCUGUUUGUGUUGCUACCCUCAAUAUAAUCUUGCACUUAAUCCUUAAACCAAAUCAGUCUCCUAAGAGACGUUCCUUUGCUCACAAGAUAUCCAGAUUUCUAAAAUGCUGUAUAUACUUUUUCAUGUCUUGCAUACUAUUUCAUGCGAUUAUUGUUCUUUAUGGAGCACCUCUCAUAGAGUCAGUGACUGAGACAUUUUUGUUUGCAGUUCUUCUGUCCACAUUUACUACUUUACAGUGUUUGUGUUUGCUGGGACCAAACAUACAAGCGUGGAUACGGGUAUUUAGUAAAAAUGGAGCUAUGUCCAUCUGGGAAAGCAGUCUACAGAUUACUUCCAUGUGCAGUGUACUUGGAGCUUGGUUUGGAGCGUUUCCUAUUCCUCUUGACUGGGAUCGGCCUUGGCAGGUAUGGCCCAUUUCCUGUUCCCUUGGAGCUACCUUUGGCUAUAUGGCUGGUCUGAUUAUUGCACCUCUGUGGAUACACUGGAACCGAAAGCAGCUUACAUACAAAAGCAGAUAACUGGAGCAAAAAGAGACAAGAUACGGGCUUCUCUUUCAUAUCAUUCAGUCUUGCCAGAGUUUUUGGGUCAUCACGGAGAUCAAUCUAGCAAGAAAGAUUGAAGUCAUGCUGGAAUACUUUCUCUAAACAAAAGUCAGCAGGCAAUAUGAUACCCUCUUUUUAAAGGAGAAUUGCUCAAUAGAAUAUUAUCUCUAUAAAAAUGGAGCCAUGCCACGAUUCAGAUUGUGGACCCUUCCUGAUUCAAAAGCCCUAAAUUUAAGCUGUGAAAUGUUAAUCCAGAAGGAGAAACAUUUAUUCUUUAAUUCAGCACUUCAAUUAGAUGUGAUCAUCUUAGAAUACUAAAUGAAGUGGCAGAAAGAUUAACCCAAAGGUAACACCGAUAUGUGGGUUGCUUCAUAAAUGAAGCCCAGUCCACUACCCACAAGAAGCAAGAGGAAAUUGUCUCACUUCUCCCCUUUUCCUUUGCUUCAGCAAAUACUGCAUGUGACUAAUGGCUGUACACCCAAGUAAUUCCAGUAACAUGGGCACGAGCAGACAAUUUUGUUCUGUAAGUCCCAUGACUUUUUACAAAGUCACAUGGGAGACAUGCAGCCCAUCUUGCCACCGUGCUUACAAUGGACAUAAGUUUAGUUUUUUUUAAUGGAGAUAGCUCAUUGGGGAAAAACACAUAUCUGUGUUUUUCUGCCACCGGUAAGGGUUGUUCCUCCAAAGGCAGAAGGAGGUGCUGCUCAGGUCCUGUUGGGCCUCAACUUCCAGCCCAGUGUAAAGGCACCACAUAAUGAUCCUAAUUGUUCAAAUAAAGUAGGACAGAACCAA